GGAUAUGGGGUUUUUGCAACUCAAAAUUUUCCAAAAGGAAGCUUUUUGGUAGAAUAUGUUGGAGAGAGAAUUGUGCCCAAGGAAGCAGAAGAAAGAGAAAAGAAGCGCAAAAUAAAACAUACUAGUUAUAUGUUUUACUUUAAGUGGAAUGGUUUGAAGUGCAUUGAUGCAACUAACACUGAAAGAAAGGGGAAGUAUAUAAAGGACGAGGAAGUCGGAAGUCCGUUGAAUAACUGUGUUAUGCGCCUUUUGGUUACCGAGAAUUAUCCAAGGCUCUGCCUCUUUGCAAAUAGAGAUAUUAAAGCUGGAGAAGAGUUAAGAUAUGAUUAUGGGGAAGCCAACCUACCUUGGCGACAAAUUCACGUGAUGAUAAUCCAUUUGAUGAUAACCCGUUUGAUGUCAACCAGGACAGUGAGGAGAACAAUGAAGAAACUAUUGAUACUGAAACAGAGAGUGAAAAAGAAGUUGAUGAUGAUUCCAACACUGCAUCCCCUAUGGAAGGUACUUUUCAUUCAGUUGAUUAGAUCCAGAUCUUUUUUAAUAUUCCAGAGUUAGGUAGCCUAUAAAGUAGAAGGUAUUGCAACAAAUGUUUCAAAUAUAAGUAGGGUGUGCACUGUUCAACCUGCCAACUGUGCAAUCCGGUACACUGGACAUUCUGACCUCAUACUUGUAUUUUAUUCCCAAUUUUUUUUUUAUAAUGUAUCUAGGAUAAAACACUACACUGUAAGUUUCAUAACCUGAGGUUUUAUUUGGUCAAAGUACUUUAAGUAAUUCAACACAUUACAUAAUGUACAUGCACAGUAAUUGCUUGUUGGCUAGGUUACCGGUACAAAGAUGUCCUGUAAGGUUAAAAGUUAUGGUCGUUUUAGAGCAUAGUUAACUACAUUUUCUAGUUAAUAGUACAUAGUGUAUACUGUGUAAUUUCAUACCUUUUGUGCUACUUGAGGUGAAUUUUUAUCGAGAUGU